AUGGGAUUUUUCGGAAGCAAAAAAUUCUCGCCAAAGAAAUCGACGAUGCGUCGAGCACAAUCCCUCAACAGCUUGAAAGACCCCAUUCAGAUGCAACGAGAAUUCAAUCCAGACCCAAACAACCAAAGCUUCAAGAUCGGAGAAACGACUGUGAAAGUCAAGGCUGACGGAUCCUUGACCACUUUGUAUAACGAGGCAGAUCAUAACGUCAAAGAACAAAACGAGCUUCUUCAAAAGCAGGUUAACCGACUCGUUCUGGAGCGCGAACUUCUCCUUGAUAUGCUCGCAGAAGUCACCGCCGACUACAAAAUGAGCCAGAAAUACGGGCCCAAAUAA